AUGGCGACCGACCAGCUGGGCGGCGGCGCGGGCCCCGAGCACGUGCCCCGCUGCUGGUCCGCCGACGCGCCGGCGCCCGCGGCCGAGGAGGCGGAGGGAACCGCGCCCGCGGGCCCGGCAGCUCUGCCGGAGGCGGGGCACCUCCAGGCCGACGCCGCUGCGGACGACUCGGACGCGGAGGACGAGCCGGCCGACGCCCAAGACGGCGCCGGGGCCGAGCGGGAGCUCGGGGCGGAGGAGCCGUGGGCGAGCCUGCCGCCGCGCGAGAGGGAGCUCUGGGAGCGGGUGCGCAGACGGGGGGGCUCGGCGCAGGAGGGGGGGAGAGGAGGAGGAGGAGGAAGAGGAGGAGAGGAGGGGAGGUCGGCGCAGGAGGGGGGGGGGUAG